AUAUUUUAAAGAAGAAUGUUUCUCAUUAGUCCAGAACCUUCUUUCAAUUUCCCAGAUACCCAUGGCAAUCCUAUAUACUAGUAUGAUACCAACAGUUCAAGCUCGCAAUUUUACUCACUCUAAAUCCUCCAGCUCUUCAUUUCUCUCAAUUUCGUCUAAACCCAAUUCGGGAAGAAGCAGCAGAAGCUUGAGAAUCAGAGCAGAGACGAUGGAGAUUGAGAAAUUAGGCAUCAAAGUUGAAAGAAACCCUCCAGAGUCCAAGCUCGCUGAGCUCGGCGUUAGAAACUGGCCCAAGUGGGGUUGUCCUCCAAGCAAGUUUCCAUGGACAUACACAGCGAAAGAGAAGUGCUACCUUCUCGAAGGCAAAGUCAAAGUGUAUCCACAGGGCCAUGGCAACGAGUACGUAGAGAUCGGAGCAGGAGAUUUCGUCGAAUUCCCCAAAGGCAUGAACUGUACAUGGGAUGUCUCUGUUGCUGUGGACAAGCACUACAUGUUUGAAUGAUGUUCCCCCCAUUCGGAGUUUAAUUUGAUCCAGGUUGAAGCUGAUUAAUCAUGCAUAAAUGAGUCUAGAUUAGGAUUGGAGAUGAUUAACGGUGCCAGAUUGGAUCAAGCGCAAUUCUGCAUGAUGGUUUCUUUUCCCUGUAUUUGAAGUGUCACCUUGGAGUGAUUUUGGUUUUCUUACCGCUUAGCUCUGUAAGUGUAGUUUGUGGUGUUCUAGACUUUUGCAUGUGUAACGUACUUUUCCGAAAGUGUAAUUCCAAUUGAAGUUUCUUAAGCAAAUAAGUUACUGUCUUCUGAGCA